AUGAAUAAAAUUAUUUUUUUAUCAAUUUUAGGAAAUAAUGAUGAAAAUAUAUUUAAUUGUAAAUUUGAACAAGUUGAUGAAUCAGAAAUGCAAUUUUCAAUAUUUGCAUCAAUUGAUAUUAUUAAACAAUUAUUAUCAGAACAAAUAUCAAUGGAUUAUUCAAUAAUUGAUCCUUAUUUGGGAUUUAUAUGUCCUACAAUUGGUUCUAAUUUCUUUAAAAUUUAUUCUUAUAUUACUGCUACUUGUCUUAAAUUCAUACUUAUACUUAAUGAUACUAAUCUCAAUUCCAAUACUAUACGACAUGUUCUUCUUUAA